AAAAAAACAAGUAUAAACUUAUUGAUCUGUCAGUUUAGCUACGAAUAUGGAUCUAAAAAGGUGGAAGUCAGUCGACACCGUGGAUUUUACGCCGAAGUUCAUCGGCGAGGACGAAAGUUUCUACUUCGCCGACCACCGGUCGCACAGCGAGUCCUCGUUGGAGCCCUGCGUCGUUGUCUACAGCGAAGCGUCCUCUCCAUCCGCAGUCGUCUUCAGCGAAGCCUCGUCACCUUGCGCGGUUGUGGACCACGGGUCCGACGCGUCGCUGGCCGAAGAUAACGAACUCCACCUUGAAGGAAAAUUAAUCAAUGUGGAGAGGAAAAUUGACGAGCUAAACAGGCUGCUGCAGGAGCAGCUGGUACUGGUGGGCGGUCUGCGGCGGGAGCUGGCGAGUGUGACGUCACGCCGCCCGCCCGCAGCCGACAUACACGACGCCGACUUGCAAUCGUUGGAGGUCCUAGCGCGGCUCCUGGAGGCGGGGCGCGCGGGGGGCGGGGCGGAGGGGGCGGACGCGCGCGCGCGCUGCCUGCUCGACGCCAUCGAGCUCAAACAUCUGCAGCGCAUAGACUUCCAGAUUAAGGAUAGUAUCUGCAAGUUCCUGCAGAGCGAUGACUUGAAAGCUCAGCUGGCGAGCGCGACGGCGGAGUCCCUGCAGCCGGUGGUCCGCAGCUGCCUGUCGGAGACGUUCUCCCGGGCGCUGCAGCCGGCGCUCGACGCCGCCUACCGCAGGCUGCUCAAACUCGUCACCGGUGUACUGAGUAGCGCGUUCCAGCAAUUGGAGGCGAACUCUGCGGGUAUAGUGAAGUGGUCGGGGCGGUGGUCGCGGGGUCUGCGCGCCGCCUUACACAAGCACCACGCCCUGCUCGACGCCCAGCCGCGAGACCUGCACCACCUGCAGACUAUUCUGGAGGAAGUCCUUCAGAACGAACUAAAGGAGUGGCGGGGCAAGCUGUUUGACGUGCUGAUGUCGGAGAUGCGAGUGAGCGCGGGAGGCGCGGGGGACGCGCGGGGUGGGGGCGAGCACGCCGCCGCCCCGGACAGUGUUGCGCCUCCUGCGGCACCGCCUUCUUCCGCCGUCAACAAGUUGAUGAAAUCGGCGGUGAUAAAGAAGCAUAUAGAGGAUGGUAACAUUAACGCAUCGUUCGAGGAGGCCCUCUCCUCCGGCGACCUGGCGCUGGUGGUGGCGGCGUGCCGGGGGGCGGAGCCCGCGCGCGUGUUCGGCCCGCCCUGCCGCCUCCGCCAGCCCGUGCUGCUGUCGUUGGUCCAGCAGCUGGUUACUGAUAUGGUACACGACACGCACUUGAAAUGCAGGUACUUGGAAGAGGCUAUAACAAGACUGGAUGCUUGGGAACCGGGGACGCGCGCGCACCUGCCGCUGGUUGUACGUGAGGUCCGCACGCAUCUCACGCGCUUCCUGCAAGCUUACCCCGGACACGUGGCCGCGACACGAAUCACCCUUAUCAUAAUGGCUGCCAACAACUUGAUCAGAUAACUACAUUUUUAUAAUAUUUAUAUAUAUAUACUUGCUAUAAAAACUUUAUAAUAAAGAGC